AUGUGUGCGCCGUCGGACAGGACAAGAGAAACUAUAUACAAUAAUAAACACACGCUGGCAUUAUUCAAAAAAAGUUCAAGAAAGUCGGGUCCGGGCGCUCUUUGUCCACGUGGAGAUCGACCGAUUGACAGUGAUUUGGCUGCAUUUAUCACGCAAGAAUAUUAUCAAGCGGAUGCGAUUGUUGGAUUUGCUCUAUCUGAAGGCGAACUUACCCAUGUAAAAAGAGCCAAGACAAAACCUGAUUUUAAUCCAUUUUUCUAUGAUGAAAAAUCGAUUUAA